AUGUCUGAUUCAACUGUCGCCCUCGGUCACGUCACUCUGCCCGGAUUAUGUCGCGUCGUCGGAGCCAAAAGCCUGGUGAAUACUUCUCUGAAAAGCCUCGAAAAACCCUUAUGUCAAGGAUUUGUAGAGUCGCCUUCAACAUCAUUGGAGCAGGAUACUACCAUGGUGGAUGCCCCUGACCUGGAAGAUUCGCCAAACGGUGGAAAACGGAAACGUGAAGAAGAAGAGCUGAAUUUAAGUAAUGACAAGGGCUCCAAAAGGCUUCAGCCCUCCUAUACGAAACACUCAAAGUUCUGGUUGUUGGAUGGGAACAUCCUCCUUCAAAUCGAGACUACGCGAUACAAAGUCCAGAGAAGUCGAUUGGCGUCCCAGUCGACCUGGUUCGAGAAAUUGUUUGAGCAACAUAGUGGGAAGGAGGCGGCCGAGGGCGACGAAGAUAAGGAAAAUAUCAAUGACGUCCUUCUAACGGUUGAAUGUGUCGAUGGGUUGGAUCUGUUUCACCUCAAUUCAACAGGGGUGGCGCGUGAUGAUUUUGACGCCUUGUUGACGGCCAUGGAUGACGGCAUAUGCUACUAUCACGACACCCCCCAUUUCCCAGUCAUUGCAUCAAUUUUCCGUGUGGCGGAUCGUCUUCAAUUCAAAAAGUAUCUCGAGUUUGCCGAGAGAGUGAUCACUGAACAAUUCUCCGAUGACGUAGGCGACAUAACCGUCGCAGAAAUUCCAUUUGCUGCCGAAGCCGUCGUUCUUGGGCGAAACUGGAAUAUCCCGAAAGUUCUGAAACGUGCCUUUUACGAGCUGGCGAGGAUGGAGCACUCUCUCGAAGAACCCGCUCCUGAGGAUGAAAAAGAAAGCAAUGAUGAAGAUGAUCCGGACGAAGCACUCGAGAAGCUCCAUCCUGGUGACCUCGUUCGUCUCUUGAAGGUUUCAAAGUACCUCGGGACGGCCUGGCACGAUACUGUAUUCGCACUCACGGCGCGAUGCACCCAGAAACCGGCGCGAUGCGAACAUAGGUCUCGACUCCUCUUAGAGCUCCGUGCCUCUGUUUUACCCAAAUAUGAAUUCGACCCCAUUUGCGGCAUACAAGAGCUCAUGAAAAUAGAUCUGAAACUCAAAAAUUAUUGCGAGUCCUGCGUCAUAGCCAUGAAGCAGAUGUUGGAGACGAAACAAGAUGAUAUAUGGGCGGAUCUCGACGCAUGGAUUGGGCUGAACGUUGAAUGCGACGAAGAGUAA